UAAGCCACGCCUACGACCCGCCUUCGCCAGACACUGGAUGUUCUUUAGACUUAACCUAUAUGUAAUCAAACAUGGCAGGACAGCUGAGUGAAAGCUACAUCGACAAUUCGUAUGAAUUGCAAGAUGAUGAUGAUGAUGGUAUAAGAAACGUAAAGGACUUACUUGAGUUCUAUGCCAACGCUAAGCAAGGACAAGAAGCCGUAGUUUUUGCCGCUGUUGGAGAUACGGAAAGGAAGACUGUUACAUUUGAUAGACUGUACGAAAAUGUCUGCAAGGUAGCCCGUUCAUUGAUUCACCUUGGUCUUAAACAAGGAGAAGUGGUUGGAAUCAAUCUUCGCAGCUGUCCAGAAUGGCUCUAUUUCGUAUACGGAUGUAUGAUUGCCGGUCUUGUUCCUGUCGGCAUUGCUUUUACAUAUAAAGACGGAAGUGACGUCAUCGCCAUGAUGAAACGAUUGCAAACAUGCGCGCUUUUGUGCAUUGACCCAGGUGUUGACAACGAAAAGUGGAAUGUCAUUCAACAGCUUGUCGAGUCGUAUUCUGACGAUGGUUCCGUUAUCAGCUCAAAAAUGCCAUAUUUACGCUACCUUCUGGGCCAUGAAGUUGGAACGUCUGUCAUGACUGGCGUAAAGAAAAUGACAGAUUUACUGAGCACUAACUGCGAUGUUGAAAUAACCGACGUUACAGAAGAUGCUUUAGCAUUUCUUUCGCAGACGUCUGGCAGCACUGGUGAGCCAAAACUUGUCGCACAGACGCAAAAGGCUGUAGUCAGGUACAGGCAUUUUCCAACGUUAUUCACAGAUGAAAAAGAGACUGUUUAUAACGAUCGACCUUUCACUUGGGGAGGCGGAUUUCCUUUUAAUUGUGUUUAUGGUCAAAAACGUGUAACCCUUCCCGAGUUCGCGCAGAUGCCAUCUGAUCGUUUUGCUGUUAUAACCACUGCAAUUAAAACAGAAGGAUGUACGGUGAUGUUUUCUCUUCCACCGUUUGUGCACGAAAUGGUUUUGAAAAAGGAAAAGUUACCAGCAGAAUGGCUGCUAAAGAAUUUGCUGACAGGAGGGCAGCCUCUUACGAAGCAUGUCGCCGAAUGUGUAGGUGGAAUUUGUAAAAACCUUGUAUGUGUCUACGGUGGUACUGACUUUGGCGUUGUAGCAAUGGGAAUCAUUGAAGACAAAAACAACUUCACUGAAUUUUCCAGUGGGAAAAUAGUUUCCGGAGUUGUGCUUAAGAUUGUCGACGACGAGGGCAUUACUGUACCUAUUGGUACGAUGGGAGAAAUUUACCUGAAAUCGCAUUUCCUGGUAAAGUGUUAUUUCAAUGACGAGGCGAAAACCAUUGCAGCCAAAACACCCGACGGUUGGUUCAAGACUGAUGACUUUGGGAAAUUAACAGAAGACGGCGAACUGUUUGUACUUGGUCGAAAAUCAAACAUGAUAAUUUCUGGCGGGAUGAAAGUUACACCAGAAAUCCUAGAACGAGUUCUGAACACAUGCAUUGGAAUACACAUUGCACUAGUUGUUCCGGUGUCUGACGAAGUAUACUACCAGGUUCUGUGCGCAUGCGUCAUAAAACAACCAGGAAGUACGCUCAGCGAAGAAGAUCUUCACACGUUUUGCACGGAUUUCCAUAACGACAAGCCGGGACUUUUUACGGUCCUUCCAAAGUUUUAUAUCUUCAUGGAUGCUUUUCCAGAAACAUCUUCGGGAAAGGUAUCAAGACGAAAGCUUAGUGCAAUUGCAGAAGAGAAAUUCGGAAAGAAAUGAAAACAUUGAAGCCACCUGAUUUGAGGCAAGCUGCUAUAAGACUAACAUGUACAGAGAAAUGAAAACAUUGAAGCCACCUGAUUUGAGGCAAGCUGCUAUAAGACUAACAUGUACAGAUUGUAUAACAUGGUGUAAUGGUUCUAUUGACAUUGUAAUUUGGCGAUAAUAAAAAUUAAACAGAUAA